AUGAAAAGAUCCUCUGUUAUUCGCCGACACGACAAGGGACUGCGCAGCCUCACUCAAGUUUCACGACAGAUCCGCACUGAAUUUAUUCCUCUCUAUUUGACAAUUCAGUUCCAGCAUACUUAUAGUACAGCUGCAUCCCUCAAGAAGUUUCUACAGAGCAUUCUUAUAGCACUUCCCAAAGAUAGCAAGAUAGAGCUUGUUAUCGUUCUCAAAUUCUCUUAUCCAGCUCUGGAAUUUCUACCGAUCUUCAAACUCAUAGUUGCGACAUAUCAGGAAGGACUCAAGGUCAGCUUCCAGUGCGGGGACUGGCAUAUCACAACAGCAGAGAUCAUGAAUCGAGCAAUCCAGCAGAAAACCUUGUGGCAAGGAUCUACUUCACAAGUGAAGCGGAUUGAGUGCUAUCGUAAGCCAACCGUACACUUACUAAGUGGCUCGUAUUGGUCUUGGAAAGAUAAGGAUGAUCGGAGCAAGGCUUAUGAUGUGUGGCGUAGCUUAGGCUUCAUAGUAAAAUAG